AUGGCGUCCGAAGAGGGCCCGACUCUUGCGGCUCUGAAGUCAUGGAAAUCAUCAUUGAGUCCUCUCAGAGUCGACAUCGUCGGUGACUUCGCUGGGAAGGAGCUCUUCGCCAUCCAUGGCGAGUCGCUCGUUGCCCACUGUGUUGCGCUGGCCAAAGUCGACUUCAAAAACGGCUUUCAACUACUCCACGCGGUUCACGCCGUUGAGACAUUCCUCAGCAAAUUGAAGGAGCGCGGUUGCAACUUCCAUGUCCUCUGGUUCGACAGCCAAGAGCACCUUUGCGUCCCGCACGAUGUUCUCGAGAAAAACCGACACAAGUACCUGUUGACGCGUGCCGUUCUCAUGGAACAUCUGCGCACCCCGAAGACACGCGACCAAAGAACCAGAAAUCCUUGGACGGAAGAUUCGUCAGACGAUUCUUGGGAUGCUUCGACGGAUCCUCCAACGGACCCCAUCAGGAAUGGAACACCCAUGAGCUUUGUUUUCUCUACCAUCCAAAGCAAGGAAUUUGAAGAGUACAUGGAGAAGAACUGUCUUCACUUCGUGAUGUGUUCUCAGGGAAGCGACUUCGACUCGACGCCUGAGGUGAACGACGGCGUCGGUAGCGGUAAUCACCUCAAGGCCAUGCGGUUGUUCGCCGACCAGGGACAUAACCUCGCAUUCAUGGAUGAUAUUGAGUUCCGGAGUUCCAAGGUCUACACUCAUGUCGUAACGUCGGCGCGUUCCGAAGAUCCCAUCGAAGUAACUGAACCCGCGCCCCGCAGCAUCACGACUGAUGGGUGGGUCGAGUUUGCAUCGAAAAUCGACGACUGGUCGGAACUCGAACCUGUUCAUCUCAAUGAUACCGCGGAAGUCAGGGUGCGAGAUGUGAUCGCUUUUGUUGCGUGUGCCACUUUGUACUCGGCGAAGCCCGACGCUGCUACUGAGCAUUGUGUUACUGCUUUUCUUAUCCACAUUGACCUUCUUGAACACACUGAGCUGGCUCAACGAUCCUGUGGUCCGCUCGAGAAGAGCAUCCCGGAUGAUGUCGCUUCGUUUCUCGAAGGGUUCUCGAACAUCGCCAUCCCAAUGAUUCGGAAGUGGAUGGUUAGCCGCAAGUCCAUGGGUACGCAUGUCAACUGGAGAGUCUUCGACCUGGUGGACGGACGGGUCUUUCUGCACAUUUUGCAAAAGCUUCAAUCUAUGAAACUGGCUGUGAAGUUUCAUCAUUUUGAAUAUUAUGACAGAAGAAUCCGCCACCUUGUCGAUGUGGAUAUGGGGCGCCUCCUGUCUCAACAAGACCCCCCGAACGAGCAGCCUGCGUCGAAAGCCGCCCCCAACUUCGAACAACUCAACAUUGAGCUGAAGAAGACACGCGCCGCAAACCAAGUACUACCCUUCAGCCAUCCAGUAUUGGACUCGUACUUGGAGGAGAUCUGGCUUGACACCGACGAAGAGUGGCAGCAGUCAUCUACGGGCUUCAAGAUCUUCCAUGAACUCACACACUGGCAUAAUGCGAAGAGGCUGAUCGACGCUAAAACCCCAAGCAAGCCGAUGGAAUGGCGAGCCCAAAGAAGAAUGCAGAGAUUCAUGGCGGAUACCAUGAAGUAUUCGGCUAGCUUGACCAAUGCUUCUGGCAAGAACAUCGAGCCAGAGCCUAUUGUUGCUCAUGGCACCCGCAACAACGGCCAAGCAGACAACGGAAAAGACGAUGCGGAGGCGAACAACUGGAAGAAGCAGCUUUCAAAGAAAGACGCCGCCAAGGCAGUUAAACGCGGCGCAGGAAGUGGAACGAUCAAUGCCCGGAAAGCAGGCGAAGACCUCAAGAAUGCCAAACUGGAUUCGAGAGGUGCUGCUGUUGUCACUUUCUUUGCACAGCAGUGCCAGGACUUCAACAAGAUCCAGUCGCCGGCCAAGAGAUAUCUGAAGGCAAACAGGUACAUGCUGGGUCUCUCGAAUCAAGACAGACAGAUAUUUGGAGGAGAGUUGUUGCUGUACAUUUGCGAGACUUUGUUGGAGCUCCUCGGCGAGCCGGCCUUCAUCGCCAAAGGUGAGAUGAGAGCGUUCCAUGGAAGGGAGAUUGAACUACGAGGCAAUAUGCUGACACAAUACUGCACAGAUAUGAGCAUCAUCGCCCUCCUUCGCUCCCAUUUGUCGCUCAUGAAUACGGUGCCUCUCACCAAACCAACAAGGAGGCAUCUCGAAUCCCUUGCAUGCGCCAUGCGGCUCCCGCUCCCUCCGAGCUCCGAUUCCACAGCCAUCGACCGCCCGAUUCCCUUCGCAAGCAAGACGGCUAUCGCGAAAGAGGUUCUGAAGAGAGGGUUCUUUGAGGAGAGGGCAGCUCGCAAGUUCCAGUUGGAGCAUUGCGGCCCGUAUCUGGAACGAAGUUUCGACUCUGCCCCUGAUGUCCGUGUUCCUUUCGAGCCAGAUGCCUGGCAGAGAAGGGUUCUUGAUGCAAUCGACGAAGACAAGAGUCUCUUCGUGGUGGCCCCAACUUCUGCCGGAAAGACAUUCAUCUCAUUCUACGCCAUGAAGAAGGUCCUCCAAGCCAACGACGACGACGUUCUUGUGUAUGUCGCUCCUACAAAGGCGCUUGUGAACCAGAUCGCGGCCGAGAUCCAGGGCAGGUUCUCGAAAACGUACCACACCGCCGGCCGAUCUAUCUGGGCAAUCCAUACCCGCGACUACCGCAUCAAUAACGCAACUGGCUGCCAAGUACUGGUCACUGUUCCUCAUAUUCUGCAGAUUAUGCUCUUGGCCCCAUCCAAUGCCAAAAAGUCAAAUUCUUGGUCUCACAGAGUGAAGCGCAUCAUCUUCGACGAAGUUCACUGCAUUGGCCAGGCAGAAGACGGCAUCAUCUGGGAGCAACUUCUGCUUUUGGCCCCUUGCCCUAUUAUUGCAUUGUCUGCAACAGUCGGAAACCCUCUCGAGUUCAAGGAGUGGGUGGCUGGGACCCAGAAGGCGAAGGGCUUUGACCUUGAGAUGGUUGUCCACUCUGCGAGAUACUCGGAUCUGCGAAAGUUCAUGUACCAGCCCCCAGAUAUGGAGCAGUGGAAGUUUGAUGGUCUUGAACCCGUUGAACGUCUUCCCACGCCUGGCCUGGAUGUCGAUGGCAUUCGCUCCGACCGAUUUGUGUUCGUGCAUCCAGUUGGGAGUAUCGUCGACAAGAGCAAAGACACGUUGAAUGAUGUUACUCUGGAGCCGCGUGACUGCCUUCAGCUUUGGGACGCGAUGAUCGAGUGUGCCAACGAUUCUUAUCCUGUCGAACGCAGACUUGACCCCGCCUCCGCCUUGCCUGACGUGGUCAAGAAAUCCGAUGUGGUGGAGUGGGAGGUUGCUCUCAAAGAGCAACUGCAUACGUGGAUGGCUGAUCCAUCUUCGCCUUACCCCGCCUUGCGCCAGAAAUUUGAUGCCUCUUCGAAGCCUAGCACAGAUGUCAAGAAGACUAUUGAAACGACAUUUCCUCUUCUCAUCGAUCUGCGAUCACGAGGAGCCUUGCCGGCCAUCCUCUUCAACUACGACCGCGUGGGAUGCGAGAUGAUUCUCUCCGAGGUUCUUCAGAGACUGGAGAAAGCCGAGGAGAAGUACCGCACAGAGAGCGCCGAGUGGCACAAGAAGCUGAAGUCUUAUCAAAAAUGGCAAGAUGGCCUCGCAGCGAAAAAGCCAAAGUCCACCAAAGCCUCUGGAAGCCGUCGAGAUGACAAAGACGACGGCACGGCUUUCGGCAAGUUGGAUCAUCUCCGAGAGGAUUCGAGCCAGGAGGCUAGCCAGUGGGCAAGCUUCGAUCCCUCGGCGCCUAUCAAGCAGUUCAGCUUCGCAGACUCGACAAAGCUUUCGAGAGAAGAGCUCGAGGAGAUGAUUGAAAAUUUGGCAUAUGCCAACAUCAAGAAGCCUAUUUUGACUGCGCUGCGUCGAGGGCUGGGUGUCCACCAUGCGGGCAUGAAUAGGCAGUACCGUCAGGUGGUGGAAAUGCUCUUCCGCAAGGGUUUCUUGACCGCCGUCAUUGCAACAGGUACUCUGGCGCUCGGUUUGAACAUGCCAUGCAAGACGGUCGUCUUCGCAGGCGACUCCCCCUUUCUGACAGCCCUCAAUUAUCGUCAAGCGUCGGGUCGUGCUGGUCGCCGAGGCUUCGAUCUCCUCGGCAAUGUCGUCUUCCACGGAAUCCGCCAUCAACGAGCGAUGGAGAUUAUGUCGUCUCGCUUGCCCGACUUGAGAGGCCAGUUUCCAAUGUCUGUCACUCUGAUUCUGCGCCUCUUUGGCCUCUUGCAUGGUACGAACGACUCCGACUUUGCGACAAAGGCAGUCCAAUCUCUCUUGACGCAGACUCGCCUCUUCCUCGGGGGCCCGUCCUCUCAACUGUCCAUCAAGCACCAUCUGCGUUUCUCAAUUGAGUAUCUCAGAAGACAACACCUGCUGUCUGCCAAUGGAGCCCCUCUCAACUUUUCCGGUCUCGUGGGACAUCUCUACUUCACCGAAAACGCUGCCUUUGCUUUCCACUCUCUGAUGAAAGGAGGAUACCUGCAUGAGCUGUGCAAAGACGUGAACGACAUCAGCAAGCGCAAGGAUAUGCUUCUGGAGCUACUGACGGUUCUGUGCCAUCUGUUUUGUCGCAUCCCUUGCUUCCGCUUUAUGAACAAGGAAUGGCUCGAGAAGGUUGUUCAUCGAUCUCCAUCUGUUGUCAUCCUCCCCAAGCUCCCGGAAACAGCUGAGAGACUCCUCACUGAUCAUAAUCGAGAGACCCUGAACAUCUUUCUGAUCUACGUCCGGAGCUACAUCAGGAAGCAUCUCAGAACUGUCCCAGACGAUGUUCUGCCUUUCACGAAGCGACGGGUCCAACCUCGUUGUGACUCCGCCUGGCACGAUAUGUCAGCAAUCAAUAUUCCGAUUCUCCCGGCAGCUACCAUCCGAUCCCCAUUCGCGGCACUGUCCGGCUUUGCAGACGAUUUUGAAACCACUCACGAGUUGUGCGAGACGGUUCGAAGCGGAGUUUUCCUUGAGGAGGAGUCCAUUCCGUACAUCCCGAUUACACCUGCCGAAACCAACAACGUGCCGUUUAAUGCAUACAUCUUGGACUUCUUCAAGCACGGCGACAUGGAAGCCCUGGUACGUGACAACGGAAUCAAGAGAGGCGACGUGUGGUUCCACCUCAAAGACUUUUCCCUCAUUCUGGCGACAAUCGUUACUAGUCUGGCCAACUUCCUCGAUAAGAGUGGUGCCGAGUUUGAUGAUGCAUCGAUGAUUGACGUUAUGGAUGUUGCGGAUAUUAUUGAUGGAGAAGCCGACAACGCGGAAGAUGGAUGCUUAAACGGCACACGAACUUCAGAGACCUCCGCAGCAGCUCCUCAGGCCCAAAACAUCAAGCCCAAGCGCAAGCCGAAGAGCGAGGAAGAAGUUCCAGAGUCUUGGAUGGACAGCGAUGGUUCGGACAACGACGCUAACGACUCCUCUGACAUGCAUGGCAGCACGGACGAGUCUUCUGGAGACCUUCCCAGCCGGGAUGAAGAUGAUGGAACGGGUUUGGUGAAGGUGUACCGGGCAUUCAGACUCUUGCAGCAGGAGUUUGAUGAGAAGUUCCGCAAGGUCUGGGCUUGA